UCCAGUAUAAGUUUAGUCAUACAUACAUGGCAUUGUACCGUGUCAUGCAUGAACUGCAAUAUCCUUUUAGAAUAUUGCAUUUUUCUUUUAUAUAAUGAUUUAAUUAAAAUGAAUCUUCCACAAAAAGAAAUGGAGGGUCGUGACGAGAACAUUGCUUCAACUGCAUCCAAUUCAGCCAAAACAACGCUCCAACCUCGCCUUCCUCUCAAAUCCCACCCUCUCUUUAAUAACUAUGGCGCAUGGAAACAUAAGCUGAGAGAAAGUUGUUUUAAGAGGGUCAGAGAAGAUAGAAACCACCUGCUUCGGAAAAUGAGAGGAGUGCCUUCUUCUCAUGCUGUAAAUUUGAAUUCUGAGGGUUUGAUCCCUGCAUUUCAGAAAAUAGUUUCUGAUGAAUUGAAAAAAUUGAAGGAUUCUUCAUCAGAUGAUAGUUUAAAAAAGUCAACUUCUAAAUGUGAGAUGGAUGAUAUGUUGUGGGAAUAUGACGGUCUUCGUGAUGCUUAUCAAGGUGAAUGUGAAGAAAUACUAUUAGAGAUGGAAAGAAUCUUUUACGAGGAUAUCAAGGCAGAACCAGUUGGAAAAGGAUCGGAAUACUAUGUUGAAACUUGGGAAGACAAAGAAGAUGAAUACUUGGCCCAUGCAGUGUAUGAGCAUAUGCAACUGAAUGAGAAACAGGUGCACAAAUCUAUUUGGUGCCCAAUAUGUAAGCAAGGAGAACUGCAAGAGAAUAGUUAUCUUAUAUAUUGCACUUUAUGUGAUCUACAGCUGAAGAAAGGCGAUGAGGUUAGUUUGGAGCUACUAAGAGCCAGGCUAGCAGAUGUCCAUGCUGAACAUCUUGAUCACGGUUGUAUACUGAAGCCUAAUUUUUGCAUUGAAACCAGGUUUGAUAUAACUGCAUUGUACUUUGUUUGUACGGGUUGUAGCACUUUCGAGGUAGUAAUAUAGCCAUUUUCCCUUUUAUUUUUAUUAUUAUAAGAUGUACUCUCUCACAUCUUGAUAGAUAUAUUUUCAAACUAACUAUUUCCUUCCAGUUA